GAUCUCUUCCAAUUAAGUCCAGUUAGAGACAAAUGGAUAUUUCGUGCUGCCUCUUCAGUUUGAUGAUUUUGGAAUUUUAUCUCCCAACAUCUGGGUCGACCAUUUCCAAAUUUUUGAAUUAACAGAAAUUAUGCGCCAAGCAGAAGAUAAAACCUUUGCCACAGCCCUUAAUAAUGUCAGAGAAGGCAAACAAACUAAUAUUGACAUGCAGUUGUUACAGUCUCGAUUUGGUCCAAGAAACAACAAUAGAAGACUACAGUACCACUCACAUCUUCUACUAUAAUGCUGCUGUUCAACAUCACAACACUACAGCAUUCAACAACUGUACUAGUCAUAAAACUGAAUGUAGUGCAUCAGACAUAGCUAUUGAUAAUGUUAAUCUUGCUGUAAAAAAAGGUGUUAGAUUUGGCACCAACUCGUGCAGGAGAUAGUAUGGGACUGGCAAAAUCUCUUCUGAUUUGAGUCGGACUUCGUGUUGAGUUGACACUAAAUCUUGAUGUAGAGGAUGGGAUUGUUAAUGGGGCAACUGGUGUUUGCAAGUUUAUUACAUGCAAUGAAAACAAUGUACCCCAACUAAUUUGGGUUCUUUUUGACCAACAAAUCUUAGGAAAACAGAGGCGUAUUUCGAUGAAACAUGUCUAUCAAGGUAUUGAUCGUUCAUGGACAUCUAUAUCACGAGUAUCAAGACAAUUCCCUGUUGGAAAAUACAAGAAUGUGAAAGUUCAAAGGACUCAGUUUCCAUUACAGCUUGCAGCUGGGAAGACUGUUCACCGUUCACAAGGAGAUACUUUGGAUAAGAUUGUUGUUCAACUUCCAGACAAGAAAAGUCCUCAUAUGCACUAUGUUGCCUUAAGCCGUGUGACAACUCUAAGUGGUCUAAAAAAUUUGAACCCUUUCAAUCCAGACAAAUUCACUGUUUCAGAAGAUGUUAAGACAGAAAUGGCUCGUUUGAGGGAUACAAGUGAAGUUUCUUUAUGUUUCACACCCAUUUAUACAUCCCAUCAUGUAUUCAGCAUCUGUUUCCUCAAUGCUCAAAGUCUGCCACUGCAUUUGCUAGACAUCAAACAGGACAGAAAUCUCAUGGCAGCUGAUACUUUAAUGCUUGUGGAAACCAAACUAUGUUCCAAAGAUAAAUCUGAUACUUUAUCAAUCCCUCAUUUCGACAUUCAUCUCUACGAUUACAGUGACAAAAGAUCUCCAUAUGGUACGAUUAUCUACACAAAAACAGACAAAGUGUGUGUUGGAAAUGAAAACAAAGCUGUCAGUCAACUCGAAAUAGUGUACAUCCACAUAACACAACCACUUUGUAUAAAUGUCUUCUCUGUUUAUGCAAAGCCUAAUACAAAGCUAAAUACAAUUAUAAAAGACAUUAGUUCUGUACUAGAAGGUAUAACUGGAUUGGUUAUUGUAAUGGGAGAUUUCAACUGUGAAGGACAGAGAAAACUGCAGUUAGAAACACACAUGAAAACAUAUGGGUUGCAGCAAAAAAUUCUCAUGCCUACAACUAACAACAACACCACCUUGGAUCUGGUUUUCACUAAUAUACAAGUCACCAAUGUAGGUAUACUUGAAACAUACUUCAGUUACCACAAAACUGUGUUUCUAACUGUACCAACCCAU